AUGUCACUUUCGUGUAAAGCAAAACUUUACAGUGGAAAAUGUCCAAAGAUUUAUAAGAACGUGACAAUUGAUUGUAAAAAUAAACUAUUCAGUAGAGAGUUAAAAGUUGUUGGAUUGUUAAGCUCAUCAUCGGAUACUCUGAACUUUUUCCAUAACGAAUUUGAUUCAAUUAAAUGCAUAAGUAUUGAAUUAAAUUGCUUAAACUAUGAAGGUUAUCUAUUAGACUUCAAUAUUGUCUGCAAUGUUUUGGAAAAUUUUAAGCACUGCUAUCCAAUUGUAAUGAGUUCAGGAACAAAAUUGAAUGAAUAUCAUCUAAAAUUUGACUUUACCAAGAAUACAUUUUGUCCAGAGGACAUAAUUAAGAAGGAAAUUCAGUUCCUUUAUAAUGAUAAUUUCCAGCAUAUGAUUAUCUAUGGAUGCUACGAAAGUAAGCAAAAUGUGAGUGACUAUGGUGUGUGGAUCCUCGCAACAGACGAGUUAAUGCAAAAAGUCAAAGUUCAAGAGUUUAAGGAACAAACUAAAAAGAUUUUAGAUGAAGUAAAUCCAAAUUUAAUGACUGACGUGUUGUUUUAUGAUGCUGAUAUGCAGGAGUGUAACUGCAACGCUUGUGACUACUUCAUGAGUUGUGAAACAUCCCAGAAAUUUAAAAUGAAUAAAGAAUCACGUGGGAAUAAAACAGGAGUUGCAUCGCUGAUUAUAUUCAUCGUAUUCAUGGUAUUCAUUAAAAAUGUAUUUAUUGCACAGAUGGAGUGA